GCGCGUGGGGCGCAGGAGCCCCGGGCGAUGGCGGAGGCCGUUUUCCGCGCCCCGAAGCGGAAGAGGCGAGUGUUCGAGAGUUUCGAGGGCCCUUUGCCGCUCCCCUUCGGGCCCAGGAAGGACUUCAGGCUGUUCCGUGCCGAGCUGCUGAACAACGGCGUGAUGGUGAGGGACGCGGCGGAGAUGGAGCAGCUGUACGGAAAGGGCUACUUUGGGAAGGGAAUCCUCUCCAGAAGCCGGCCCAGGUUCACGGUGUCAGACCCGAAGCUGGCUGCAAGGUGGAAAGAUGUGAAGACGACCUUGCCCAUAAUCACCUCAGAGAAGUACCAGCGCGGGCUGGAGUGGGCUGCGGAGCGCCUGCGGAGGGAGGGGCAGGACGAGAGCGCGGUGCAGAGCGCCCUGCAGGACCUUGCCCGGCCCUGCAAGCUGCCCUGGGCAGAAGGCUGCUCGGAGCUGGAGCUGCCCGCGGAGCCCAGUGCUGGGAAGACUGGGCCAGAGGCCCCUGCCGCCAAGAAUGGCCACUCCAGUGCGGCAGCCGACGGGGAGGGGCCCAGGCCGGACCCCCAGACUCCCAAUGGCCUGGCGGAGUGCGGGGACAUGGCCCUGCCCCCAGCUGCUGCUCCGCAGGGCCCCAGCGAUGAGUUUGUGCUCGUGGAGGAGCCCCGGGGUGACGCGAGCGAGACCCAGGAGGCCCCGGGCGGGGACCAGGGGCAACCCCGGGGGCUCGUGUGCAGGCGGAACCCCUACAGGAUGCCGGAGUAUCUGCAGCUCAGCCUGGAAGAGGCCUUCUUCCUGGUGUACGCGCUGGGAUGCCUGAGCAUCUAUCGGGAGGAGGAGCCCUUAACCAUCCUGCAGCUCUGGGAGGUCUUCACGGCCGCGCAGCCCUCGUUCAGGACCACGUACAUGGCAUACCAUUACUUCCGGAGCAAAGGCUGGGUGCCCAAAGUGGGCCUCAAGUACGGCACAGAUUUGCUGUUGUACCGGAAAGGCCCUCCCUUCUACCAUGCAAGCUACUCGGUCAUCGUCGAGCUCGUGGACGACGAGCGCUUCCAGGGACCUCUCCGCAGACCCCUCAGCUGGAAGUCGCUGGCAGCCCUGAGCAGAGUGUCCGUGAACGUGUCCAAGGAGCUGAUGCUGUGCUACCUGAUCAAACCUGCCUCCAUGACAGACACAGACAUGGAGUCCCCGGAGUGCAUGAAGCGUAUCAGAGUCCAGGAAGUGAUCCUGAGCCGCUGGGUGUCUUCCCGGGAGAGGAGUGACCAGGAUGAACUCUAGCCACCCACCUGUCCUGGGCGAGGACGAUGGACCUGGCCAGUCUGAAGCACCUGCACCCCCACUCACGAGGAUCUGUGUCUGGGGGCAGCUGGCGCCUGGACUUCACGUUCUGCCCUGGAACCGUUCCCUUCCCCUGGCUGCAGAGGGGGCUCCUGGACCCAGAGGCCCCUCCAGCCGGAAGUGAGCACAGCACUUGACUCUCACCGGGGCAGCGGCCUGCAGGCCCUGAUGGCCAGAGCACCCCCGGUCCACUCCUGAGUGAGCAGAAGAGGUGUUGGGGGCCCCAGGCCCCCUGCCUUGGAACGGAAAGACAGCGGGUCUCAGCUUAUCCCCAGCAUCAAGAGGUCACUCACUGGGCAGCGUCUCCCUCAACUGCCAAGCCUCAGGCCUGAGCCUCAGCACAUGGAUACAGUGACUUAAAUCAAUACCCAUGUCGGGCGUAAGCCCCAGAACUGGGACACAGUGACUUAAAUCAUUACCCAUCUCAGGCGUGAGCCCUAGU